GUGAUGCAUGCCCCUAUCCUGCUCACCACGCUACUGGGCCAGGAAGCCUAUGAGAACUUGUCCAAGACUAAGGGCCAGGCACGUGUCAAUCUCCUUCAAGCCAUGCUCCACCAUCAGCUUGCUGGAUACAACGGCAAAUGCAAUGAGAAGUUGGGCUGCACGCCCUCAGUGGAGCCCCUGCCUCAAGAUCGACGGCUUUCAUUUGGUGUGGCUGCCUCUUCAAUGGCUCCAACUAUGAUGCGGCCUAGGCCUUUCAGUCCCUCAGCGGCCGCCAGGACAGCUGCCCCGCCCUCAGGCCGUCCAUCGUUGCCUGCCAGCUUCAAGAACGAGGGUGUGACGUACAAGCAGAACAAGCUCGUGCCCUUCAUCUUUGUCAGCACGUGUGGCAGUGUCUCCCGGACAACAUCAGAGGGCAUCAAGGUGCUAGAGGCCAAAAUCCAGGUCGGCACCGGGCACCUUGUUAUCAAGACAAGGCUAGCUGCUGGCAAGAACCCGA